GGUGUUUGAUAUUUAAAUAAUGUGACAAAAAAUACUUUAUUAUAACAUAAUGUGCUAGUAGUAUAUUUUGUUCAUGUAAUUAUAUUAGUUUCUCAAUCUUAAUAAACAUUGUACUACCAAAAUUGGUUAUUUUUCUAAACCAGUUUUUAUUAUUAAGGUCAAUCAUAUCAAAGAUACCCAAAAUUUCAUAGCAGGAACACUGUGUGGUUUACAAACAAAGCUGUUAAAUACAAAAUAGCAAUGUCUGAUCCUACUAUUCAAACUUUCUGCUGUCAUCAUACUGGCAGUAAAGAAGACUUGGCAAUUAGAAUUAUGGAUGAAUUUAACACGGAAUCUUAUAAUAUUGUGUGCUUAGUUUCUUCUACGAUAGGUAUAUUAGGUUCGAUUUAUCAGAUUUUUCCUUGUAAACUAUCAAGUCAUUCAGAUGGGUUUGGAAACAUGACAACAUCCCGAGCAAGAAAUAUCAUAAUUUGGCUAGCUGUUGCAGAUUUAAUGGCAUCUUUGGGAGUUCUUGUGCGCUCAUCACUUUGGUUAAGAUACAAAAGUAUUAUGCCUUUACCUGAUGAUGAAAUAAGUGUCUUAUUCUGCAGCAUAACUUCUGCAUGGACUCAAUAUUUUUAUACAGCUACUUGGUUUUGGACUCUAUUUUAUGCUAUAGACACUUUGAGAACAAUCAAAGGUCGUGAUUCUCAUCCAACACUUUAUCAUUCUAUUGCUUGGGGUAUUCCUGCCGCUACUACUGGUAUUGGUUUAUCUAUACUCUACAUUCCUAAUGCAACAUGCCAUAAUUUAAAAACAGUAACAAGUGCUUUCUUAAGAAUUCUACCAAAUUACUUUGCAACUUAUAUUCCAAUAGCAAUGGUCAUGAUUGUUAAUCCUGUGCUAUACAUAUUGGCUGGAAAAGAAGUAGAGAUGACUGUAGCACUACCACUUGCUCAGUUUACUAGCAAAGAGCGAAGGGUUGUUGAUACACUAAAAUUGAAGUUUUUUCUUAUCAAUGCUGUAUUUUAUGUGUGCUGGUUACCUAAUCUUGUGAAUGGCGUAAUGAUAUGGACAAUGUGGUUCAACAUGCCUGUAAAAAUUAUCAUCUCUAUUUGGUACAUAAUGGCUUUGAUGAAUCCAAUGCAAGCAUUACUUAAUGCUUUAGUUUACAGAAGGUGGAAUACAAAUGGUAAAAAAUAUAGACCAACAUUUUCAUCCAUACAUAAAGAAUUAAAUUUGCCUGAUGAACUAUCACCCCUUUUGGGUUCAGAACCUCCUCGAAUGCAACUGUCGCCUUUACCUCCUGGUAUUAAUAAUUAUGCUACAAUGUAAAGAAGUGAUUAAGACUUGGAAGUCUCAUAUAUAUAAGAGUUUCUUAAGACUGUGUUUUUGAUAUAUUUACAAUUUUAUUUUAAUAAUAAUAAUAAUGUGAUGA